CCCAGUCUUAACACUCCAACCAUCCAAGCCCAUCUUUUUCACCUCCACAUUUUACCAGAGAACCAUCUUAUUCACCUUCACCGUUUUAAGAAAACGCAUUGCAAUCGCCAGUUUUGAACUCUACGAACCCUAAACCCAACGUAUUAUUAACAAUGGAGAUUGACGAAAAAGAAAACCCUAACCCUAACCCUAACUCUAAUUCCACCACUCCACCACCGGCUCAAAUUGCACCAAUUGAACCACCAAUUCCACUAAUUCCGCCCCCAAUCGCCCCAAUUCCCCGUCCACUCGCCCCCAUUCCGUCAGUCCGUCCACCAAAUGGCGAAACCGCAAAGAAAACCACCGAAGACGCCGCUUCAGAUGAAGACGGCGACGAUUCAGGCCCGGAGUACGAGGUUUCAGAAGAGAGCAGGUUGUUCAGAGAGAAAAAGGAGAAAGCGAAACAGGAUUUCUUAAUGAAGCAACGCGCUGCGGCAUUAGCGGUUCCGACGAACGACAAGGCGGUGAGGUCUCGGCUGAGGCGGUUAGGGGAACCGGUGACAUUGUUCGGUGAGAGGGAGAUGGAGAGAAGAGAUAGGUUGAGGAUGAUUAUGGCGAAGUUGGAUUCGGAAGGGCGGUUGGAUACGCUGAUGAAGGUUUUGGAGGAGGAAGAAGCGGCGGUGAAUGUGGAGGAUGGAGGGGGGGAAGAUGAAGGGGAGAUGGUUGAGUAUCCGUUUUAUACGGAGGGGUCAACUGCGUUGUUGAAAGCACGGUUUGAGAUUGCGAAGGAGUCGGUGGUGAAGGCUGCGGUGAGGUUGGGAAGGGCUAGGAGGAAGAGGGAUGAUCCGGAUGAAGAUGUGGAUGCGGAGAUUAAUUGGGCGUUGGAUGGUGCGAAGAGCUUUGCGUUGGAUUGUAGUGAGAUUGGGGAUGUGAGACCGCUUGCAGGGUGCUCGUUUUCGUGUGAUGGCAAGUUUCUUGCUACAUGUUCUUUAACUGGAGUUGCUAAAAUAUGGAGCAUGCCAGGAGUAAACAGUGUGUCCUCACUAAAGGGGCACGCUGAACGAGCAACCGAUGUUAAAUUUUCUCCGACAAAUGACCAAGUCGCCACUGCUUCUGCUGACCGGACUGCAAAAUUAUGGAACACAGAAGGAACUCUGUUAAAUACAUACACGGGUCAUUUGGACCGGCUAGCUCGUGUGGCGUUCCAUCCAUCAGGGAAAUAUUUAGGUACAACUAGCUUUGAUAAGACCUGGAGAUUAUGGGAUACAGAGACUGGUGACGAGUUACUUCUUCAAGAAGGUCAUAGCCGAAGUGUGUAUGGUUUGGCUUUUCACCCUGAUGGCUCGCUAGUCGCGUCAUGCGGGCUUGAUGCACUUGCUCGUGUGUGGGACUUACGGUCAGGGAGAAGCAUUCUUGCCUUAGAAGGUCAUGUGAAGCCGGUUCUGGGUAUCAGUUUCUCGCCAAAUGGGUAUCAUUUAGCAACAGGAGGUGAAGAUAACACUUGUAGAAUUUGGGAUUUGAGGAAGAAGAGAUCACUGUACACAAUCCCUGCACAUGCAAAUCUUAUUUCUGAUAUUAAGUUUGAGCCUCAAGAGGGAUACUUUUUGGUAACCGCUUCUUAUGAUAUGACUGCUAAGAUCUGGUCAUCCAGAGAUUUUAAACCUGUCAAAGUCCUUUCCGGUCACGAAGCUAAAGUUACAUCUGUUGAUGUAGCUGCAGAUGGGCAAAGUAUUGCGACUGUUUCUCAUGACAGGACAAUUAAACUAUGGUCUAGCAAAAAUGCUGAAAAGGAUAAGGCAAUGGAUGUUGACUGAAUUUCUUCAGGCAAAUUGUAUACGAGGUAAAGUCUGUGACGUUUUCGCCUGCAAGAGGGGUGUUUGGAUCUUUGAUCUUUGGUGAUGUGAUUUUAUAAAGUUAUGUAGGAGACAUGCAACAUUUUCUUAAUUGCAAACAAAUUUUGUAGCCCUGGUUGCAACUCUAUUCGAAUGUAGCAAAUAUGUGGUAUUCAGUGUACAUUUCCAAAAAAGCUAGUCAGUGAUUAGAAGAAAAGUUAAGAGCUUGUUAUUGUUCAUGGUUUUGCUUUUUGUUUAAUCUUGUUGAUGAUACAGUUUUUUGAUUUA